UCGAAAUAUUUGGUGAUUGUUAGUUAUAUUGUUAUAUUUAAUUCUACAUAUUAUAAAUAAUUAUGUACAAUUACAAAAUUAUAUCAAUUAUUUAGCAACUUACUGUCCUACUGAAAACAUUGAAGUUUUGAUUCUAAGGCCUCGCGUCUUUUCUUUGACAAUAAUUACUAUUCAACAAGUCCAAAAAUGGUUUUAGGCCCAUUGGACCAUUCCGUUCAAACAGAUAUUAUAUUUGUUAUAGAGAAAACAGCCAUGAACACUUAUAUCAGUGAACUUAAAACAAAUUAUGUGACUCCGACAUUAGAAUACUUUAACCAAGGACCUAUUGAAGAACGAGAGUAUUUGUCUGAAAGUAGUAGUGCAAUUUAUGGUAUUGUAGUUUAUGAAGCAAAUGAUUGUAAGCCAUAUCCAUGUUGUCGUACUUAUGGAACAUUCACUAGCCCACAAAAAGUCAUAAAAAUGAUUGAAAAAAUAGAUAUGAUUGGUGGUAUGGCAGAAUCCCAUGCUUAUAUGGGUGAAGGUUUAGCAACGGCCCUGGUUUUCUUUGAAGACUUGCAAGAAAUCCGUGAAGCUAAACAAAGACAUUGUAUUCUCAUAUGCAAUUCACCACCUUAUAAUUUUCCAAUCAUGGAAUGUGAAACAUAUGCUGGUCGUAGUGUUGAUCAGAUGGCUAAUCUCUUUCAAGAAAAAGGAAUUUUACUCUCAAUUUUAUCAGCUAGAAAAACUCCUGCAUUAUUAAAAUUAUUUGAAAAAGCUGGUGGUGAUUUACAAAUUUCUCAAAACAAAAACUAUGCAAAAGAUCCAAGGCAUCUAGUUUUACUCAAUGGAUAUAGUCUAAAAGAGCGUCCAAUGAGCCCAACUCCUGCUACAACUCAUUCCGGUCUAUCUAUGACUAGUCCAUUGUCUACAAAUGUUAACAUUGGAUCACCAGUUGCUCCAUGUGCUCCAUUCAGAACUACUAAUCCGGUUUUGGUUAUGCAGAAUCAGGUUCAACAACAACAACAACAACAACAACAACAACAACAACAGCAGCAGCAGCAGCAGCAGCAGCAGCAACAGCAGCAGCAACAACAACAACAGCAGCAGCAGCAACAUCAACAACAACAAGCCGUUCAGGCAGCCCAACAAGCGGUAGCUGUAGCUCAACAACAACAACAACAACAACAAGUACAACAACAACAACAACAACAGCAGCAGCAGCAGCAGCAAAUGAUUCGUAAUGUAAAUCAAGGUCAAAACCAGCAAUACUCAAAUGUUUCAAAUUCUGGUGGUUUCUUGAGGCCUCCUCAAGCACCUCGUAGUUGGCAAAUGAUGCAAACGCAACAGCGUCAACCAAAUCAAGCGAGUGCGUUAAUUGCGCAGUUAACAACUCCUUCAUUCCAACAAAGAUUAGAUACACAACAGCAGCAGCAAGUACAACAGCAGCAAGCACAACAGCAGCAGCAAGUUCAACAACAGCAACAAGCCCAACAGCAGCACCAAGCACAACAGCAACAUCAACAGCAACAACAAGCUGCUCUACGAAUCAUGAACCAACAGCAGCAACAAGUUCAACAACAACAGCAGCAACAAAAUGGACCUGGCAGACAAACUAUUUGGACGGGAACAUUAGAAUGGAUAGAAAAAUCCAAGCCUUUAAACGAAAUACCAAAAAUAACAAGAAACGUCCCUUGUAUUGUUUCAGCCAGUAUAAAAAAUGGAGAACCGGAACUAAAAGCAGAAACAUGGCCUGAAAAAUUAAUCAUGCAAUUGAUGCCCAAAAAUUUAAUAGGAAGUAUUGGAGGUGCUCAUUUGAAAGACUCAAAAUCUGUAGUUUUCCAACCAACACCGUGUGAAGCAUUAGAAUCUUUAACAAAGUACAUGACUAGUGGAUAUGCUGGCUGUGUACAUUUUAACAGUGCUCCAACUUCUCAUAAUUGUGAUGUCAAAGUAUUAAUUUUGCUUUAUACACACGAUAGAAAAGCAUUUAUUGGUUUUAUCCCAAACGAUCAAGCAGCAUUUGUAGAUAGACUACGUAAGCUUAUACAACAUCAAAAAGCUUCUUCAGCCAUAUUACGUCAAGGCCAGGGUGGAAUGGGAAUGCCUCAAGGCAAUAUGCCUGGACAAUUGCAAUUACCACCGGGUCCGAAUAUGCCUGGUGGUCCAGGACCUAACCAGAUGCCAGGGCUUAUGCCUAACAGUGCAUUAACAGCCUCUUUACAAAGUCAACCUCAAUCAAAUUUGKCCGACUUAAUGGGAUCCAACAAUUUUGCUCCACAAGGUAAUCAGGUAGUCUCUAAUAGUCCAUCUGUUCAAAUGAUGUCUAGUCCUCAACCAACUGGACAACCAGUUAAUGUCAAUAAUCCAAAUAUGCCCUUACAGAGUCCUGGGGGCGUUGGAAAUGUUGGUGUUCGUCCAUCACAAGGUCAAUACAGUGAACAAAUCGAGAUGGCUAGAAAACAAAAUUUGGCUAAGAUACAUCAACUUCGUCAGACACUAGAAGCAGCACAACAACAAGAACUACAGUAUAAGUCUCAAAUGGAGAUACAAAGUCAUCAAAUGAACAUACCACAAAUGCAGCAACGUUUGGAACAAGCCCAAAUGCAAGAAAACAUAUUGAAGUCUCAGCUAGAAAUACGUAAUCAAAUGAAUGUGCCCCAAAUGCAACAAAAUCUGGAACAUGCUCAAAUGCAAGAGACCAUAUUAAAAGCACAAUUGGAACAUCAACAAGAAGAACAACACAAAUUAAGAACUCAACAAUUCCAUAUCCAUCAACAGCAACAGCAGCAACAACAACAACAGCAACAGCAAUCAAGACAAAUGGUUCCUGGAAAUCAAUCACCACAGAUUAUGGGUAAUAGUGCACCACAGCAGAGAAUGCAAAUGAGACCUGUAAUGUCCAGUAAUCCUGGUCUCAGACAUUUAUUACAACAACAAACACAAUAUAGACCACAAAUGAUGGGAAUGCAGCAGGUUCCCAUUGCUCAGGGCAGACCCUUGCAACCUCAACAACAGCAACAACAAUAUGAUGAAGUUCAUACAUUUGAUUUUCUCAACUAACUCAAUUUUAAAAUAAUUAUAUUUUAGGUUUAUUUUGGUGAAAUUGUGUAAUUUUUUAUUUUUUUGAAUAAUUGAAAAAUAU